UGUGGCCUACUAAGUCUCACCACGAAAAUCUGGAUUCUCUCACACUCCAAUUUUUUAUCCAGAAGGAUUAAGGUAAACAAACUUCAAACGUUCAGAACGCAAAAUAAGCGGAGCUAGAACCGAGAAAAGCUUACCGCAGAUCCCUGGAGAGCAACGGAAACAGCCUGUGGGUCCCUCCACCUGCGUCUAGGAGCAGUACUGAGACUUCAGCAGCCUGCAUCCGACCUCACCACUGAAACUUUCAAGUGGAAACGAAAUAACUUUGUAAUGAGUUUGAUGUCCUUCAUCCAAGGGAAAACAACCCGGGAGCUGGGAGCCUCGCGGGGCCUCGCGAGACGAAGGCCAGGGUUUGCCACCUCCCGAGGGAUUUUGGGUAAGCGCGUUUCCUAGAGCGUGAGGAGAGUCGGCACAGAGAGCGGGCGUGAUUGGCUGAGAAGCCCGCUUUUCUAAGCCAAGUUUUUGGUGACAAGAAAUGGGAUCCAAAGCUGACUGCAAACACCCUUGGACCGAGGACAUGCACAGGCAAGAUGCCCAAUGAUCCCUUUGAAUUUACUGUUCCUCCUCUUCUUAUCUAAGAGCCUUGGUUGUACCAGAUAUCUCCAGCUUCAUUUUAUCAUCAUCCCAGAGAGGGUUGUUUCUAAUCUUCAAAGGCCAAAUUUCUUCUCUAAUCUACAAACUUCUUUAGCAUUUGCCACACUUCUGUGUUUUCCUAUUCUUUUGGUCCAGUGUCAUGGCUGCAAAGUGGAAUUCUACUCUCGAGUUUCAUAGGAAAUUGUCCAACUGUACAAUGAAAGAUUAUGCAAAUCCUCAAGGAGCAUCUAAUCAAUCACCUCGGUGUGAGAGGAAUGCAGCUGAUCGCUGAAUUAGCUUCUGUUGGAACGUAUUCAUGUGUAACAUCCCACUGACCGCGUGACAGCACAACAGCUCCAGGUCCUUGAAAGUCUUGAGGAUGAUUAGCUGAAGGAAUUGGCGGUUUCUGCCAAUCAUAAUCCGGCAGGGCUGCCUUUAUAGUUCUGGAGAUGCGAGAGAAAGAGGGAGGGAGGGAAAGACCGACUACAGCUAAGCAAGAAGCACAGCAGCAGUAGCAACAGCGGAGCAGGAGCAGCUGGUAUUCCGGUGAUUAAAUAGUUCUCAUAGCCUUUUUGCUGUACUCGGUCCGCUCCCUGGUGUAAUUCUCGUGUCCAAGGAGGAAGCUGCAUUUUAACGGUGUGCUGAACAGAGGUUUGAAUCAUUCCAGCUGGCUGCUUGUUUUGAAAAGGACAGUGUGUGUAUAAAUAAAAAGACACUCUGCUGGAAGAGUUCAGAUACUAGGAUUGGAACUAAAAAAGCGCUCUCGGAAUAUUGUUGAGGCAGAUUAUAUGAACUGAAAGCUCCUUCUAAUUAACCUGGAGCCAAGUGAAUCUGAAUGCUGGAUAUCUCACUUUCUAACUCGGGAUAAAUUCAAGUUAGGAUAAGAAAAAAAAUUGAAAUGCUUCUCUAGAUAAUGUUUAAAGGAUUCUGCAUCAGUCUUUGGUAUUGGACAUACUCAAAAUCCCUUCUUCAACUUUUGCUCUCCUGGUCCAUUGUCUUCCAGCUUUAACUUACUUGUGAUCCCUUCAAACAUUUUACAUGGUUUGCAAUGGUUACAUGAACUUUUGGGAAGUGAUAUUUGCACCAUCUCAUACUUUAUUCACUAUGGCACUUUAGAAAAAGAAAUUGGAAAAAACUUACAAAGCAGUAUUUUAAAAAAUGAAUCUUAUUGUGAAGCUUCGGAGAAGUUUUCGAACAUUGAUUGUUCUUUUAGCUACCUUUUGUUUGGUGAGCAUUGUCAUUUCUGCCUAUUUCCUCUACUCUGGCUAUAAACAGGAAAUGACUGUUAUUGAAACCACUGCAGAAGCAGAAUGUGCUGACAUCAAAAUUCUACCAUAUCGGUCAAUGGAGCUGAAAACAGUUAAACCUAUUGAUACAUCCAAAACUGAUGCUACUGUCCUCCUAUUUGUGGAGAGCCAAUAUUCUCAACUUGGUCAAGAUAUCAUAGCUAUCUUGGAGUCUAGCCGAUUUCAGUACCAAAUGGUCAUUGCCCCCGGUAAGGGGGAUAUACCUCCUCUUACAGAUAAUGGCAAAGGGAAAUAUAUUUUAGUUAUUUAUGAAAAUAUUCUGAAGUAUGUCAGCAUGGACUCAUGGAAUCGAGAGCUUUUAGAAAAAUACUGUGUGGAAUACAGUGUUAGUAUAAUUGGUUUUCAUAAAGCCAAUGAGAACAGCUUACCAAGUACACAAUUAAAAGGCUUUCCAUUAAACCUUUUCAAUAAUCUAGCUCUAAAGGACUGUUUUGUCAACCCUCAGUCUCCUUUGCUGCAUAUUACCAAAGCCCCCAAGGUUGAGAAAGGCCCUCUUCCUGGGGAAGACUGGAGUAUUUUCCAAUAUAAUCAUUCAACCUACCAGCCUGUGCUUUUAACUGAAUUACAGACAGAAAAAUUCCUUUCAUCCUCAUCCAGCAAACCACUCUAUGCGACAGUGAUUCAGGAUCUGGGGCUUCAUGAUGGAAUUCAGCGCGUUCUUUUUGGCAACAACUUAAACUUUUGGCUACACAAGCUCAUCUUCAUAGAUGCCAUCUCCUUCUUGUCAGGGAAGAGGCUGACACUGUCCUUGGACAGGUACAUCCUUGUGGACAUUGAUGAUAUCUUUGUUGGGAAAGAGGGAACAAGGAUGAAUGUCAAAGAUGUAAAGGCAUUACUAGAGACUCAAAAUUUACUGCGCACUCAGGUUGCAAAUUUUACCUUCAACCUUGGAUUUUCAGGGAAGUUUUACCACACAGGGACUGAAGAGGAAGAUGAAGGCGAUGACCUUUUGCUUCGGUCUGUAGAUGAGUUCUGGUGGUUUCCUCACAUGUGGAGCCAUAUGCAGCCUCAUCUCUUCCAUAAUGAGUCAUCUUUAGUUGAACAGAUGAUUCUCAACAAGGAAUUUGCCCUGGAACAUGGAAUCCCUAUCAACAUGGGCUACGCGGUGGCACCACAUCACUCAGGGGUCUACCCGGUUCAUAUUCAGUUAUAUGAAGCUUGGAAGAAGGUCUGGGGUAUUCAGGUCACCAGCACUGAAGAAUAUCCACAUUUGAAACCUGCACGGUACCGAAAGGGCUUCAUUCACAAUAACAUCAUGGUCCUCCCUCGACAGACCUGUGGGUUGUUCACCCACACUAUUUUCUACAAAGAAUAUCCAGGAGGACCCCAAGAAUUGGAUAAAAGUAUCAGAGGAGGUGAACUUUUCCUCACAAUCCUUCUAAACCCGAUCAGCAUUUUCAUGACCCAUUUGUCGAAUUAUGGGAAUGACCGCCUGGGGUUAUAUACCUUUGUGAACUUGGCCAACUUCGUGCAGAGCUGGACCACCCUGAAACUGCAAACUCUGCCCCCAGUGCAACUCGCACACAAGUACUUUGAGCUCUUCCCUGAGCAAAAAGACCCUCUCUGGCAGAAUCCCUGUGAUGAUAAACGGCACAAAGACAUUUGGUCCAGAGAGAAAACUUGUGACCACUUGCCAAAAUUCCUUGUCAUCGGGCCACAAAAAACAGGAACCACUGCACUUUACUUAUUCCUUCUUAUGCACCCUUCCAUCAUCAGCAAUCUUCCCAGCCCCAAAACAUUUGAAGAAGUGCAAUUCUUUAAUGGCAACAACUACCACAAGGGAAUUGAUUGGUAUAUGGACUUUUUCCCUACUCCAUCCAACAUUACAAGUGACUUUCUAUUUGAAAAGAGUGCUAAUUACUUCCAUUCAGAAGAAGCUCCCAAGAGAGCUGCAUCUCUGGUCCCCAAAGCCAAGAUCAUCACCAUUCUCAUCGACCCCUCAGACAGGGCAUACUCUUGGUACCAGCACCAACGAUCUCAUGAAGAUCCAGCUGCCCUGAGGUUUAAUUUCUAUGAAGUUAUUACCACCGGACACUGGGCCUCACCAGACCUGAAAGCUUUGCAAAGGAGAUGCCUCGUACCUGGAUGGUAUGCAGUCCACAUUGAAAGAUGGCUAACUUACUUUGCUACUUCUCAGUUGCUAAUUAUUGAUGGACAGCAGCUGAGAUCUGACCCAGCUACUGUGAUGGAUGAAGUCCAGAAGUUUCUGGGAGUUACACCUCUUUAUAAUUAUUCUGAAGCACUAACGUUUGAUCCCCAAAAGGGCUUUUGGUGUCAGCUCCUGGAAGGAGGAAAAACCAAAUGUCUUGGAAAGAGCAAAGGCCGAAAAUAUCCACCCAUGGAUCCAGAGGAAAUUCCAAGGAUUUUAGGAGCUUUGUGCCAGCAGAAGGGUCUAGAACUUUCCUCUCUAAUUACUACCGAGAUCAUAACGUGGAACUGUCCAAACUGCUACAUAGACUGGGGCAGCCUCUGCCAUCCUGGCUGAGACAGGAGCUGCAGAAAGUGAGAUAGCACUGGAGACAAGAACCAAGGCUGGAAGGAUGCUUCCUUUUACUAUUAAAUAGAAAAACAAACCCCACAACUUUUGUCCCCUUAAUGCACUUGUGACUGUCAACAGAAGACUGUGUGAAUAAAUUUCCUUCUAUCUUUUUCAUAAAAUGAAAUUGGUUAUAUAUGCACGCAUUGGCAAUUACUAGCAUCCGUCCCUAUGUGAGCUUCUGGGAAGUAAUGUGGGGUUUUGUGGCAUUAUCCAGUUUCCAGGGUGGGUAUCAUGACACAGCCCAGUUCCUCUGUUAACCAUAAGGUUCUAGAAACUCUACAUAAGACUGGGAACCCUGAUUAUAUGCAAGUGACAAAUGAGAAUCUUGAGGAAAAGAUAAGAACAGAGAUAUCUGUAAAUGAAGUUAGCAGUAACCCAGUAUCUGAGUAAGGGCUUGCAUUUUCUCUUUGCUAAUUUAAAAACAAGUUUGCUUUUGUGGUGAGAAGAAAUGCUAUGAUCCCAUACUCUUAUUUUGAGCAUUUAUUAUUUAUGGUAGUCCACAUAUUUUUUCCUCCUUUUUAUGAAUUUCCUUGCCUUGCUAGAGAAGUUGUGAAGUUAUAGUCUUCGCCUCCCCAUGUGUUUUUGUCUGUUUUUCUUUGGUAAGAGAAAAGGUUUCACAUCCACCAAUAGUACUAUUUUAUCUGGCAAGGCAAUCUAUUCUCAGUGGAUUUUGCAUUAUGGGUCCAACAAAACCUAUCAGACAUUUGGGGGAAAAGGAGUAAGGAUGCAUACUCUGUGUAGUGUCAACUAGUAUGUAGAAGGCCAUCUUUCCAUGGGUCCAAAAUCUUACCACACUAGUAAUCUAGGUAUAGCCACCUUGACAGUGAUGUAGUAUUUAUAUAUUUUUUCACUAUGUAUGGAAGAAAAAAACUUGAUUGAUAAGAUAUGGAAUGAAAACACCCAACAUGAGUUUACAGGUAGUGUGGGGCACUCGUGCCUUCUAUGUAGUAUUAUAUCAAUCGUUUUAAAGCAUGGACUUUUCUAUAUGCCAAUACAUAUACUAUUGCAGAAGAUUAUGUUUCUAAUGGCUAUUAUAUAUAUACUUAUAUAUAAUAUAUAUUAUCGAAAACUUACCUCUUUAAACAUUACUAAUUCUCUAACCUGAACUGUUUCCCAGCCAUGCCACCCAACAAUUAAUUUCUAGAAGAGGAGUGAUGGCUCUUCCUGUCCUGGGUUACUCUCCUACGUGGAGAGGAUUAUCAUGCUGUUUGAAUUUUUUAUCCCAUUUUUCAAUGAAGACAUAGUAAGGCUUUGUUAAUCUAUUCAGCAUGAUCCAUGAAGGUAAAAUUUCAACAGAACAGUAAAUCAGCUGCUUUGGGGACAUUACCUAUAGAUCCAUCCUUCCUCUAGAGUAAUUUUUCUAUAGGUUAUAAAUAAUAUUACUUUUUCCUGCAAAUUGAGAAAUUAUGCGUAACAUAAUUCAUUGUCUUUAAAGGAAACUGAAGAUCCUUGUUUUGUUUGUUUGGUUUUUGUUGUUGCUGUUAUUAUUGUUGUUGUUGUUAUUGUUGUUGUUUUAAGCAAGCAAAUCUAAUCUAAUCUGAAAGAGAAUCAAGAAUUUUCACAUAUUUUAUUACAAAAUUCAACUUUGGAUUUAUACUUCUUGAAAAGUUUUAUUUCCUUGUUGUUUUCCCCUUGUUUCCCCACUGUGUCUAGAGGCUUUUGAUCUUUUUGAGAAAAUGUGAACGUUUUUCUUGGGCAUGAGUGAAUAGAAAUCACAAAUUAUUGCUUUGGUUGUUCCUGUGUUAACUUUGAGACUCAAAUUCUCAAACUUAUUAUUACUUAUAUGAUCAUGUGCUUGAAAACAUUGCAUUAAGCACGUGAUAAUCACAAUAAUUGGGUAUUUAGACCUCUCACAUUUCAUUUGUUGGUUCACUGGUUUCCUCCAGUUUGUAUUCUAAUAUUUUCUUUUUGACUAGAGACUAACUUUUUUCUAAGUGGAGUAACAGAGAUAUUUAUACAAAAAUGGGGAGAUAUUUUUCAUAUAAAGUAAAAUUUCACACAAGUCAAAAUACAACUCAUCACCAUAUCUGCAAAAAUGUAACUCAUUUUUGGCAUUUUCUCAUUUUUUCCCCUAAGUAAUGUAUCAUUCACCUAUCUACAGACAUCAGAGAGCAGAAUUCCCCCAAAUCCACCCAGUCUCUUUCAUUUCAACCAGCGUGUACCUUUUUCUUAUUAAGACUGAUUAUGAAGAAAAAAUAAAUUUUAAUUAUAUGAUUCAUCCUCAUCUUAUAGUAAACUACUUGGAGGGACUCUGGGCUUUGGGAAUAUUAUAAUAAAUCAGGAAAAAUCUCAGCUUUAAGAAUAUCUUGAUUGUCCCAAUUGUUACCCACUUCAGACUUCUUCAGAAUUAUUGAGUCAAAUUUAAUAUAUGUAAUGCUUUAAAAUUUUAAGUAAAUUCUAUCUCAUGGUCUUGAAUACAUACUUUUUUAAAUUUUAAAGAACUUCCUAAAACCUUUAAGCAAAACAAUGUCUUCUCCUCUUUCCUUCUUCCAGUUGCCUAACUCACAAGUAUAAUCAUUGAUUACUUCACAUUAAUAAAAGCAGGAAUAAUAUUUGAUUAUAAGCCUACAUCAAGAGGUAAUAACAAGCUUGUCAAAUACCAGUCUCUAAAAAUUAUAUUACAAAUCUCAUCCAAAACCAAAUUUUGCAUGUAUUUAGCAAUGGCUGCCAAAGAACUGAAUAAGCAACAAGGAAGAAUGCAAGUGAGAAAAAUCUACAGUCCUUUUAUUACUGUAUUUUUUCUAAAAAAAAUACUCUUAUUCCAUUUAGAGAUUUUAUUUGCCUCGAUUUCAACAAAUUCAUUUAUUUUCACCUUAUGUAGUUUUUGUUCUUCUAUCUCACUGUUUUAAUAUGACAUAAAGUGCCCUUUGCCAUGAAUAAUUGAUUUAUUUUCAGUUACAGAAACAAUUUAUAGUGGAAUAAUAUCUUAAAAGUCUGUUUUUGGUGGCUAGAAUAUAUAUUAGCCAUUUGCUUGAUGGAGGUACCUCAAAAUAAUGUUGGCCAACUUUUGAAAAGAAAGAAAUCCAGUACUCUCCCAUUUAGGAUUUUAUCUCAACUACAGGAACACAAUGUAGCCAUGGGUACAUAUAUGCACCCAGUAUGUGUAUAUAUAUAUAUAUGCAAAUGAACAUUUGUGUGUGUGUGUGUGUGUGAGCCAGUGAGGUGGAUGGGAAAAGCAGAAAGAGAGCUCUGCAUUUAUUGAAAUUGUGAAAUAACAGAUAUAGUAUCUUUGGUUCUUCUUCAGAAUAAAUACUACUACUGGUAUGGCAACUAGAGUAAUGUUGUUUCUCCUCUAAAAUCUAAGGUUUUAUUUAUUUUUUUAUGUUUAUUUUUUGAGAGAGAGAGUGUGUGUGUGAAGAGAGGAUGGGCAGAGAAAGAGGAAGACACAGAAUCUGAAGCAGGCUCCAGGCUCUGAGCUGUCAGCACAGCUCAGAGCCUGAUGCGGGGCUUGAACUCCCGGACCACGAGAUCAUGACCUGAGCAGAAGUCAGACGCUUAACGGAAUGAGCCAUUCAGGCUCCCCUAAGGUUUUAAUCAAUAGAUUAAACCUUCUUUUUCCUUUCCUUUAUCAUCCUAGCUUCUUCUGUCUUCCUAUCUCUUAUCUAUAUACAUAUUCCCUAAAUUCCAAACAUAUAAAAAGUAUAACCAGGAAGUUAAGAGAGUAAACUUUGGAUAUCUGGGUUCUCAGGCCAGUUCUGCCUCUCAUUAGCUGUGGGGCCUUGGACAAUUUGUAGAAUUUCCCUGAGUCACUGUUUCCUUUUCUGUAAAAGAGAGACAAUAAAGUGUUACUCAUUUGGUGAUUGUAAGCAUUAUAUGAAAAUAUAUUUAAGUAACAGCACAAGGCCUGAUGUAGUUAUGCUGGAACAUAUUUGUUAUAAGAAUAAUGUAUAAGAUUCAAGUCACUAUCUCUUCUUUCAUCAAACAAGAAUAUGUUUUCUACUCCCUUUAAUAAUAAAACAUAUAUAUCUUAAACAUACAAUUAAUUGUAUUUGGUCAAAAUGGGAAACUGUCUUCUGCAUAACUGUCCAAAAAUGAUUUUGUGCUGCUACCUGCUAUUGUUCUAAUCACCAUUUGGAGCAAGGUAGUUCCAUCUCAGUCCAUCCUGUUGAAAUCCCUUUCUUCCUACUGACCUCUUCCUCAGUUUAUUCAGAAGAGUGUCUUCCUUGUACCCUUUCUUUAUAUUUCUCUUCAAUUCCUUUGCUACCCAACAGAUACUCUUUUUUUUUUAAGAUUUAUUUAUUUUUCAGAGAGAGAGUACAAGCAGGGAAUGGGCAGAGGGAGGGGGACAGAAGAUCCAAAGCAGGCUCCACGCUGAUAGCAAAAAGCCAGAUGCAGGGCUCGAACUCACAAACCGUGAGAUCAUAGCCUGAGCUGAAAUUGGGUACUCAACUGACUGAGCCCCCCAGGUGUCCCCAGUUCCUCUGCAACCCAACAGAUAUUCUAUCAGGGAUAUCAGAUCCAGAAGUGCAACUUCCUCAAAUCAAGUAACAGUCACAAAAUUUAAUGGAGGUAUAAAUGUAACAAUGAAUCAAUACUUAAAAGAAUCUAGAGCAUUAAAAAUUAUGAGAAAAUUUCUCUGCUCCGGAAGUCUUUAUCUCCAUAAUAUCUCCUUUCUACAAAUGAAGCAUUUUAUUAUGCUUUAUUUAGUAUAUUGUGUUAUAUUUUAUUUGUUAAUAUCAAAUACUAUUUUUUGAAACUUUUAUUGCAAAUGCACAGUAUCUCAGGCCCGAAAUAAGACAUUUACAUAAAUAAUUUACAUUCAAAAGAUAUUUUAUUGUUUCUCAUGUCUGAAGUCUUACAUACUACCAAAACCCAAUGCACACUAGAUACUCAAUAAAAAUUAAUUGAAAUAUGUUGAAAUGUGUUGAGGACUACCAAUACCUUAAUUAUUUGCCCAACCUUAGUAUGUAUCAUUAAACAUUCUGUAAGUUUACAUUUCAGGUGUAGAAUUUAUUCAUGGCUUGUGAUAAAUUAAUGACUCCAUAGACUAAUGACUCCAAGAUCUGUAUCUCCAUUCUCAAAUUUACUCAUGAAUUCCAGACCUAUUACCCACCUUAAUCUGUUCAUUCCCAUCUAGAUAUCUGCCUGACACCUAAAUUGAGCACAUCCCUCUUAAUUACUGAUUGAACUCUUGCUCUUCAUGGAAAUUUUCUGCUUCCCUUCAAUCCCCUUUUCUUUUUAAAAACUACACCUAAUCAGAAUAAGUUUUUAGUCCUUCUGGUAAUCUUGUUCUUCCACAAGCCCAAGUUACACUGAUUGUUUUCCUGAAUGUCUUUCACUGAACCGUAUUUGCUCAGUAAAAAAUACAAUGUGAGUCACAAGUGUAAACCACAUGUGUAAUUUUAGGUUUUUUAGUAACCACUUUAGAAAACU